AAGCACAUUCAACGCCUUGAGGGGAGGGGGGCAGAACUGCCCACUUCCUUCUCUUAUUGGCCGACCGCUGCACGCGAGUUCCAGCCUUUCCCCGACAAUUCAGUUAAUUGGGGAGAGCAGCACAUCCCAGGUUGGAAUCUCUGCUGGCGGCUGCUGUGUCCGGAGCUCGGGCAAAUCCAGGAGAGCGCGCGUGUCCCGAAGCGGAGGUUGCUACAGAGAGGACUUGCCGGAGCAUCCUAGGAAUGGAAAAGAAAAAUCCGCCCGAGAAGCCCGAAGAACCUUCUCCUGCCCAGGUUGCUUGGGAGAACUGCAGGAUCCGAUCUCCUAUUCUCACCUCUUUUCUCUUGCGCCAGGAAAGCUUGGUGCCCUGCCGCCGUCCAGAGCCUGUGUUUGAAUCGCGCGGGCCCCACGACCCGUCGACCAGGGCUCCAGCGCAGGCUCCAGCGCAGGCUCCAAGGCAGGCUCCAGCGCAGGCUCCAAGGCAGGCUCCAGCGCAGCCUCCAAGGCAGGCUCCAGCGCAGGCUCCAGCGCAGGCUCCAGCGCAGCUUCCAAGGCAGGCUCCAGCGCAGGCUCCAGCGCAGCUUCCAAGGCAGGCUCCAGCGCAGCCUCCAGCGCAGCCUCCAAGGCAGGCUCCAGCGCAGCUUCCAAGGCAGGCUCCAGCCCAGCGACGUCCGGAUGAAAAGAAAGUGCCUCCUGGCCGACAACAGGCUCCUCAGGGAAACAGGCAGAAUACUUUCCAACCUGUAAUGAGAUUUGCCGAAAGAGCUACAGGAACAUGGACUCCAGAUUUUGGCGGUACUCCUGUGCAGCCUGUCGCCUUUCGUCCAGCUGUGCUACGUCCUGCACCAUAUCCAGCCAGGACUUGGAUCCCUGGCUGCUGCUGCUGCUGCUGCACCUAUGCGGCUUCCAUCGCUGCCGCCUUACCUGCCACUCUCCACUACCAGUGUCUCUGA